UGCUGUAUUUUUAGCUGAGCAAAGCCUCUCCAGCUGGUGAACAACACUAACAGCAGUGUGUGUGUGUGUGCGUGUAUGUGUGUGUGUGUAUGUUCUGUAUGUAUGUGUGUUUGUCAGCGCGCGAGCCCCGUCCAUUAUUAUAAACGUGGACGUGUAAGUCGUCGGGUGUGUUUGUAGGGCCACUGCUGUGCUGACCCUCAGCUUGAAACAGCUGGAUCGAGAAGCGGAGAGGAGCUCGAGGAGCGGAGCUACACGGCCAUGACGGAUCUCUGAGGCGCGAGAUGGACCAGGAGAAGCGAGUUUAGAGCGGAAAGGAGAGGUGGAGGCCCUGAAGACUGACGCUCUGAGAGAGAGAGAGGAGCAAAUACUUCAAUCAGAAGCCAACCAAAAGCGGUCAAGACGGACGGGGUGGCGGAGCAUCGGGGCAAGAAGCGGGGCAACAUGCGCGAGAGGGACUUCGCGCCGGGCGCUGACCGGGGCAAGCCGGCCACCUACACGGGGGACAAGAAAGCCAAGAUGGCCGCGAAGACCAACAAGAAGUGGGUGAGGUUGGCCACCGUCUUCGCCUACGUGCUCUCCGUGUCGCUGGCCGCCAUCAUCCUGGCCGUCUAUUACAGCCUCAUCUGGAAGCCCACGGCCGCCUCAACCUCGCCGCCGUCGGACGGGAAGCCGGGCACCACCGCUCCCCCUAACGCCACCACGGACGCGGAUAUGGGCAACGGCAACAGCACGAGCCCCUGGACGCCCAUGGGCAACAGCACGAGCCCCUGGACGCCCUUGGGCAACAGCACGAGCGCGAACGACGACGGCAACGGGAGCGGGAACCUGAACGCGACUGGCUCGGAUGCUGCGCGAGUCCGUGAGCGCUGGAGCGCGCGCUCGACGCUCGUUCACGAUGCCACAAACAGCAACAGCAGCAGCAGCAGGAGCGGAGGCUCGCAGGACGGAGCAGCGCUCGAGAAUAGAGGAGAGGAGUGACAGAAAGUGGGUGUAGAAAGGGACAGGAGCGCGAGGAGGAGGAAAAAGGAGGUGUAUGAGCAGCAGACGCUCCAGGCUGUGGUGCAUUGGACACCGGUGGAUGGCAUUGGACCUUAGUGGGCAACUAAGGGCACCUUUGGAUCUUAGUGGACACUUGGACACCACUGGACAUCAGUUGGACACCAAUAGGCAUCAUCAGAUCUUAUUGGGCACUACUGGACACCAACUGGACACCAGUAGGCACCAUAUGAUCUGAGUGGAUGCAGUUGGACACCAACUCUGCGCUUUAGGCCACCUUUGGAAAGCAGUGGACGCAAAUAGGGCCACAAUGGACAGCACAGCAAAUCCUCGGAUAGUGUCCGCCUCUUCCUCUGUACCAUAAAACGCUCAAGAAUGUAACCUCUCAUUUACUGGGCUUGCCUUAAGAUUCAGACCUGCAAUGGAAGCACCUGUAAGGGCACACAGGCCUGUCUGAAGCAUUUAACUCUCUCCAGUUUCAUCAGUGUGCUUGCCUAUCCUUAAAGAGCAUUAGCUACCCGCCUGCUUCUAAUAUGAACUGCAGGCUGAACUACUGUUUUUUCCUUUAGGACAUGGAUGUUUUGUUUUUUUGGGUGGUAAAAUAUGAAAGGAAGAGGGAUUGUGUCCCUAUAGCUGUACUAAUUAAUCAGGAGGCCUAUAUCAGAGGAGCCUGUGUUGAGUUCCGCUCAGGUAUGUGCAGAUAUUCAUGCCAAUGUAAAUGCAGAUAUGUAUUUGCUCAUGUACAUAUAUAUAUCUGGACUUGCAUAGAUACAAGAAUUUUUACAAGAAUAAUGUAUAAUGAGUAUAUAUAAAUAUGUGGUGAUUUUAUAUAUAUAUAUAAAAUCACCAUAAAGGCUAAUAAACGCCCUUGUAAGAAAAUAAAACACAUGACUUCCA